AUGGAUCUGAAAAUGGGCACCCGACAAUACGGCGAUGAUGCGAGCGACCAGAAACGCCAGGCACAGACCAACAAGUGCCGUGCAUCUACCAGUGCCACCAUUGGAAUUAGACUUGUCGGAAUGCAGCUGUACAGGGAAGAAUCGGGCAGCUAUUUCUACGUUAACAAAUAUCUUGGCCGACAGAUGAACUGUGAUAUGUUUCGAGAGACUCUGGCCGAGUAUUUCAUGAAAGCGGGCAAAGUGCGAAGCAAAGCAUUACUCAAAAAACUUGUUACACUAAGGAAGGCGAUGAAACCACGUAUUGCCUUCAAACGAAGUGCAUUGCAGCGACUAAGUGAAGCGGAAGGCUAUCGAUUCUUCUCCAGCUCACUGCUGGUAGCAUUUGAUGGUAAAACAGGCAACGAUGCAUCAUCGUCGACAUCAGCAUCAUCAUCAUCGAUUGAUCUGCGAAUGAUUGAUUUCGCGCACUCGACCUGCUCUGGAUUCCUGGACGAUGAACGACAUAAUGGGCCCGACGAGGGCUACUUAUUGGGACUUGACUCCCUGAUCAGUUCACUGACGGAUACGAUCAAUCGUUUUUUGACGUGA